AUGUCGGAUUUGAUAAAAAUAUUAAACGAUAAUAAAAAAAAUGGAGAUUUUCUUAACGAAAAAUUAAUUUUAGUACCAACGGAUUUGGAUUUUGAUCGUCGUCGCGUACUAGAUGCGUAUGAUAAAAACGUCAUCGUUUUGUUACCGUCUUACGGAGAUGAAAAAAUAUUAAAAAAUUUUUUAAGUGUAGGAGUAGGAGGAGGAGGAGUGGGAGGAGGAAAUAAUAAUAAUAAUAACGGUCGCAAUGAUUAUUAUCAACAUUCUGAACCCACGAAAAGUCCAAUUUUUAUAGGUACCGCAUUAAAAAUAAUCGAAAUCAUCGAUAAUUUUAAAAAUUUGAACGAACGGGUAUGUAACUAUAAUUCCGAUACCUGUUACGAAACGUUAAAAAAAAUUAGUUUAACUCGAACGAAUGAUGACGAUGACGUAACAAAUAUGACGACAAAAGGAAAUGACGUAGAUGAAAUGUUAAAAAUAUUAAAAUUAAAACCGAACCCGAACAACGAAAUGUUUUUAUACAUCGCGUCAUACGUUCACGUAAACGAAGAUGCCGCCAUUUUUCAAAUUUAUAAUUUUAAAAUAAAAAAAUUUAUUCCGCAUUUAUUAAAAAUAAACGAUAAUUUAUUCGUUGAACCUGAAACGUUAAACGCAUCCGACGUUAUCAUUUAUCAAAAUGAUAAUAAUAAUAAUGGAGAACGAAUCGAAAUAUACGAAAAACAAAACGUCACGUAUAAAUCGUUAAAUAAUUUAACGUACGAAAAAAAAAUUUUAAAUUUAAUCACACCGAAUGAUAAUGAUAAUGAUGAUGAUAAAAGGAGAGGAAAAUUCACGAUACCGGAAGUGAAAAAAAAAAAUUGCAUUCGUAAAAAAAAUAAAAACGAAAAUGAUAAUUCGAGUGAAAUAAUUAUAUCUGAAAACGUAUAUAAAAUAACAAUGAUAAAUUUAAAAUGGAAAAAAAUCACGUGGGUCAUAGGUAACACGUGUUUAGGAAUUUCCGGUUUAUUGCUUACGUCAUCGAUAUUAACGUUCGUUACGAUUAGAAUGUGGAAAGAGGAUUUACGGGAAGGAGGUUCGUCGUCGGCGUCUUUUAUGAUUUUUCUCAUGCUUUCCGUCAUGUUAACGUUUAUAUCCUCGUUUCCCUAUCACAUCGAAUCCGAAGUUAAAAAUAAUGACGUCACACGUUUGAUUUCCAUCGUUCGAAUCGUCGUGCCAACCGUAUCGUACGCCAUAUUGUUUUCAUCAACCCUAUCCAGGUGUUUGAUGUUAGCAACAAGCGAAACUCGAGGCAACGGUUUUGUGAGUCACGUAAACGGUAUCUACGACCUUGAACUUUAUCACAAAUCGGAAAGGGAUAGUAAACGAACGGGACGAAAACCGUUACGAAUUCAUAAUUCAUAA